AUGGCUUCUAAUUCAAACUGUGGUGCUCUUACAACACGCAGCAUGACUAACAUAUGGCUGAUUGGACAGUUACAAAGUGAACUUCCAGUAAAUGUAUUGCCUACAACAGGUGAUGUCCUGAGAAUGUUUUUUUGUUAUCAUCAAGUAGAAAAGAAAACUGUACCUGAAAGUGCAAAACUGUCGUCAGAUAAGGUCAUGGACAUGUGGAACAAGGCUAGAAUACCAACAACCUACCAUACUCAUGUUGUAGAAAAAGUAAAGUCGGUAGUUGAUGACUACAAGCUAAUAAAAAAGAACAAAAACAGACAAAGUGAAGCACAACGAGCACGAGAGAAGGAAUUUGAAGAAAAGGAGCACAUGCUGUUUGAUAUUGCUCACCAACACGCCAUGCAGCUCAUCCGAAUUCAGGAAGAUAUAGAAUUUCUUGAAGACCAGAGGGGCAGUCGACGAAUGCAAAUGAGUGGCAUUGAUAAAGACCUGACCAAGAAAGAAGAGCGCACAGAACAACGUAAAUGCAAAGAAGAAGAGAGAAAAGAGCGAGAGCAGGAGCGGAUGACAGAAAGUACCUCACUACAUUUAUCUAGUUCUGAUGACAGUGAUAGUGAACAGCAGGACACAGAGGACAACUAUGAAAUUGAAAUUCCAGUGUACUACAAAAAGCAGAUCAGUGAAGUAGAAGACAGUCUGUCAAGCAGUGCCAGCAAAAAAACACGAACUGUGCAGGAUAUGUUGUCGUCGCCAGAUGUUGCUUCAGCACUGGAUAAAAUAAACCUGUCAGAUAGAAAGUUCACAGUAUUAGCAGCAGCCAUUGCACAAGCUAGUGGGCAAGACAUCAGGGAUACAUCUCUGUCACGUUCCACAGUUCAUCGUAAACGUCAGCAACAUCGAUCAAUCGUUGACAGCAGUAUUCGUCAACAAUUUCAGGAUCGUGACAGAAACCCCCUUCUGGUUCACUGGGAUGGAAAGAUCAUGAAUGAUGAUCCACACUCCAGAACUGAUAGACUGGCUGUAGUUGUGACUGGCUGUAAUGUGGAGAAAAUCUUAGGAAUUGUUAAAAUUGCAUCAAGCACGGGACAAGCACAGGCCAAUGCAACUUUUCAGUUGUUCAAAUUAUGGGACGUUAGUGAAGACAUUAUAGGCAUGUGCUUUGAUACUACUGCUGCCAAUACUGGGACGUCAAGUGGAGCAUGUGUUUUGCUGGAGAAACUGCUCCAUAGAAAUCUCUUGCACUUUGCUUGUCGUCAUCAUGUACAUGAAUUGAUAAUCGGUGAAGUUUUCACAGUUCUGUUUGGUCCAAGCCGUGGCCCCAACAUUGGAAUGAUGAACCACUCAUUGCUACAGAUGAUGCGGUCUGACAUAGUACCAUCUUUGACAUGUUUUCUUUCAGCUGACAGCUCAUACAUCCCACGAGAGGAUUACAAGGAGUUGGUUGAACUCUGUCUCUUAGUGCUGGGUUAUCCAAUGCAGACUGAUGGCAAGUACCAUUUCCGUGUUCCUGGAGCAUAUCACAUGGCCAGAUGGAUGGCCAAAAAUGUAGCAAGUGCUGCCACAAAAAAGUUGAAGAAUCAUCUGUGGUAUCUCGGUACAGAAAUGGUUUGGCUGUCAUUGUUCUCAAAUAAGGUUGCAAAUGCUGAGAAGCAGUUGAUUGUGGAAGCAAUGACUGCAGUAGAUUCUGACUGGAGUGUGCGAGGUGUCAAAUAUCCUGCAACUGAACUGGAACAGGUGAAAAGCAAACCACUGCAUGAUCUGGUAUCAGGUACAUCUCGUGCUGCAUUGUUAUCACUUGGAAUGGAUGUUGCUAUCUUGCGUGAAACUGAACCAGACUCAUGGAAUGAUCUUCCUUUAUUUCAAAAAGUAGCAAAUGUUGUGAAGUCACUUAAGGUCGUUAAUGACACUGCAGAACGCACUGUGGCACUCAUGACAAAUUUUAACCAGUCUAUAACCAAAAAUAAAACAGAACUGCAAAAACUGAUACAGGUGGUGGAGGACAAUCGAAUACGUAUUCCGGACUCCUCUAAGCGCACAUUAGCCAGUGCUCAAGCAGCUGCUGCUAUGUUUUGA